AUGAAUAGAUUAGAGAAGUUCUUCACCACACUGAACACAGCCCAAUCAAAGGUUCUGAAAGGGUAUACAACAGAUGAGCUGGUUUCUCAAAUAAAAGAAUAUGUUGAUUUCACUCCCUAUAUUCUUAAGCAAACGUACAGACUCCUAUGUGGGCAGGCAAGCGAGGAUAGGAGGAACGGAGCCCGGAUUCUCAGGUCACUGAUGUUCCAGUUUAAGCUUGUGACCGACUUCAAGAUCGAAUACAAAGAGAGCAGCAGCAUAUAUCUAAGCUCCACCGGAGAACAGUUCAAUGUCCAGGCGCCAUCCAUCCAGGAGCAGAAGAGAAUGGUUAGGAAGAUAGCAAAGCUGGAGCAUGUGGAGGCCAACUUCCUGAGUGACAUCGACUUCAAGGCUGGAAGUGGUGAGGCAAUCAAAAGACACAAAGUUGAUGAGAGGCCUAUUGAGAAUGUGCUUGACUUUUUUGAGCAGAUAAGCGAUAAUCUGCUGAGUUAUGAGUGGUAUAAGCGGCAUGGUGCAUUUCUCGCAUUUGCAGCAAUGUUCUCUGAAAUAGACAAUGGAGGAGAUAUUCAGAUAAGAGUUGACUCCAAGCUUUUUUCGAAGAUAUACGAGAUUCUUGUUACGGACAAGUUCAACGACUUUGUUGAUGACAGGACAGUGGCGCCUGUGAGGGAUGCAGCAGCAUAUCUUCUAUCACGCAUAUAUCCUCUGAUAGGGCCGAAUGAUAUCAUUGAACAGCUGGUUGGAUUUCUGGACAGCGGGGAUUGGCAAGUGCAGUUUUCUGGGCUGAUAGCACUUGGAUAUUUGAAAGAGUUUGUUGAGGAUAAGGACGGGCUUUGUAGGAAGCUUGUGUCUCUUCUGAGUAGUCCUGACGAGGACAUAAAGCUGCUCAGUGCGGAGCUUCUUUGCCACUUUCCAAUAACUGAUUCCCUUGAUCUAGUUCUUGAGAAGUGCUGGAAGAACAUCGAGUCUGAAGAGCUCAUCUCUGUUUCGAAGACGUCCAACCUUUCUCUACUGACCAAGAUAUAUCGAGAAAACCCGGAGCUGUCUAUCCCCCCGGAGAGACUGAAGGAUAUAUUUCCUUGCUUUACAUCUCCAGUCCCAGAGGUCAGAACCAGCAUCUUGAACAUGGUGAAAAACCUUUCUGAGGAGUCGAUCGACUUUCUUGUUGCUGAAGUUGUCCUGAUAGAAGAAAAGGAUGAGAUACGGGAGAUGGCCAUAAAGCUCCUUAAGAAGCGCAGGGAUCUUCCAAAAAACCUGAUUCUCCAUUUCAUGAACGUUAUCGGAGGAAGUUUAUACGAACCUUAUAGCGAAGACGACUUUGUUUCCUACGAAGACCUGUACUUCACGAAGAGCGGGAUAAAUGUUGUGGGUAAGGACGAGAUUCUGAAGAACAGAUGUCUUUUGUUUGAAUGCAUCAUGAAGAGUGGGCUUCCAGAUCUACAGUCCACCAUUGAGACGACGACGAGUAGGACCUUCAUCUCUCUCUACAGGUCCGUUCAGGCCUUGGUGAAAGACACUCCUUACACACCUGCGAAUAUAGAGGAGUUGGAGUAUUACUUUGACAGAUGUAAGGAUCUCAAGAUGGCUCCUUUGAAGGAAUUCAAGAAAAAACUUAGCGCUCCAGGAAUCCGCUCCAUCCACCCGAUGGUGGAUCCUCUGUACUCAGACUACACUAGAAUGGUGGCAUCAAUAGAGUUCCCAGGUCUUGAACGUGCAACGGCUCUCUUUGAGGUAGAGACUUGCAAGCAGUUUCUACAUCUAUUUUCCAAGAUGAUAACAGAGUACUAUGAUGCAGAGAAAAUUUCCAUCGACAACUUCCUUUUGAAGGCAUAUGAGGGACUAGCUUCUGGAAAGGAUGGAUUUCUCUCGUUUUUCGAGGUGUUUAACACAAGGCUCCUCGCGCAUUCCUUCUUCCACAAAAUUGGGAGUCUGGAGAACAGGCUCGACUUCUUUUCCAAAACGAUUCAUAUAUACACAAAGACUUCUCAGAUUCAAAAGAUAGGGUUUGUGUUUGAUGAUGCACUUCGGGAGAAAAACAUUACAGUAAUCAAUGGGUUUAUGAGGUCUCUGGAGUUCAACGAAAAGUUUGUAAGAAAGGCUCUUGAAGAUCUGGAUGUAGAGCUUCUUGACGCUGUUCUGAUGAGCGGAGACCACUCUUUCAACCCACUAUUCGUCAAGCCACUUCUCAGAAAUAUCUCGGGCAACAUAGACCGGGAAGCAUCUUCAAAGGUACUCUCGAAGGUCAUCCCGACUCUUGGAUUCAGCACAAACACAAAGAUAUCCAAAGACCUGCUCGAGAUGAUUGAGCGCGAGAAGAAAUCUCUUGAGUCGCUGCUGGACGCAGGAAAGAUCCCCGAAUACCAUAUAAAGUGCCCCAUUUCAGUUAAGCUUCGGGACUACCAAAUGGAAGGGGUGAAGUGGUUGAACUUCCUCUACUCGUUCAGUCUCAACGGAAUUCUUGCUGACGACAUGGGCCUGGGAAAAACUCUGCAGGUCCUGACAUUUCUCUGCUCGGAGAUAUAUAAAACAAACAGGAAGGUUCUAGUGAUCUGCCCCUCAAGCCUUACGGGACACUGGAAGUCCGAGGUGAAGAAGUUCUUUCCUUUUGUGGCUGCAGAAAUCUACAAGAGGGAGGACAGGGACACAUACAGUAUCUUGAUAUCGUCGUACGAGACAUUUAGAAACGACUAUCUGAACUUCAUCGAGAAGGACUGGUUUUAUGUUGUGGUUGACGAAGGACAUGUGCUCAGAAACAAGCAAACAAUCUUGUACUCGAGAAUGAACAUGAUAAGGUGUUCUCGGAAGAUGGUUCUAACGGGAACGCCGGUCCACAACAGCGUGGAGGACCUUAUUUCCCUGUUCAACUUCCUAAUGCCCAACUAUAUUGGCCCUGAAAAAGAGUAUGGAUCUCUGAACGUCAAGAUGUCUGACUCUGAGAUCGAGAAGACCCAUAAAAGACUCGAUCUCCUCCACAGAAAAGUUCUCCCGUUUAUUCUCCGCAGACUAAAAAUAGAUGUGCUGAAAGACCUUCCCCCGAAAAUCAUCCGUGACAUCACUGUUGAGCUCGGGCCUGUCCAAGAAAAGCUAUACCGGGAGAUUGAUGAGAAAGGAGGAAAGGAAAGCCUCGGAGAUGCAGAGCUAGAAUACGGGAAGGUAGACCAGAAGAAUGUGGGCUUCAAAAGAACAAGGGAUCUUUUUCUUGCGGUUUCCCAUAUAGGUCACUUUAAGGACUCUACCGAGGUGUCCUGUAAAGUCAAGGCCCUUGAAGACAUAAUUUCGCUGUGCGGCGGAGAGGACCUAGGAAGCAAGAUACUGAUCUUCUUUCAAUUCAAAUCCACCAUAGAUCUUGUCAUAAAGGAUAUAAUGAAGAAGUACAAAUUCAAAUACUCAAGGCUGGAUGGGUCGGUUCCCAGCGCUGCCAGGACCAAGAUUGCUGAGGAAUUCAACACGGGCACAACACAAAUGCUGUUUCUCACCACCCAGGUCGGUGGAUUGGGCCUCAACCUUACUGGGGCAGACACCGUUGUGAUGUACGAGCAUGACUGGAAUCCCUUCAAUGAUCUUCAGGCGAUGGACAGGGCACACAGAAUAGGCCAGAAAAGAACCGUGAAUGUCUUCAGGUUUAUAGCAAGGAACACCCUGGAGGAAAAGGUUAUGAACCUGCAGUCGUUCAAGAUGUUUGUUGCAAACAGCCUUGUUUCCCAACAAAAUGCAGACAUAGAGACAAUGGACACCAAGGACCUGCUGGAAAGGUUUCAGGUUCCCGGAUAG